AUGUUGAAUUCAAAGGAUAUCUGUUUGAUACUAUUCUGCCUCCCUCUGAUCCAGGCCCAGUACGGCAAUGGGCCAAGUAGUUCCACCGAAACUACACAAGAUACAAGUACAACUUCAACUCCACCUCCAACUUCAACCUCGUCCUCAGGUGCCGUUCACACUGUCGAUGUAGGUGAGGAUGGCUUCACGUACAACCCCGACUCACUCACUGCCGCUGCGGGAGAUACAGUCGAGUUCCAUUUCUACCCUGGUGACCACUCGGUGGUCCAGGCUGCCUUUUCAAGCCCCUGCAAACCUCUAAACGAUUCGAGUGUUUUCAGUGGUUUCAUGGCGGGAACCAGCGACGGAGACCAAGACAUAUUCACCCUGACUAUUAAUGAUACCAAUCCAUUCUGGUUCUACUGUGCUCAGAUCGGACAUUGUCAGGCCGGUAUGGUUGGGGUUAUUAACCCACCAUCCGGUGGGUCCGAUACACUAGAUGCAUUCAAGUCAGGAGCAUCAAGUGCCGGCACUGCUACGACGCCAUCUGCUGUCAACGGUGGGAUACUUGGGAAGCCAACCGAUACAACGACCUCACCGUCGAGUACCAGUGCCACCAGUACUUCACCUCCUAUCACAAUGAAUGAGGGUUCGUCUCUUCGCGCGUGGCGGGAUUUGAGCAUUGUCUUCGGAUUGUCUCAUGCGGUUGCUAUAUGCAUGAUGUAG